AUGGCACGUGUGAGAGACAGAGGAGAGGGGUCCAGCGAAGAUUCCGAGAGACCAGCAACCAAAAGGAGCAAGCACAAUCAUACCAAUACAAGACAGCACAUCCGACCGGAAAGUCUUCCAUCAGAUGCAGAUGUAUCCGCGGGUUACUUACGUUCGACCAUGUCCGCCUUCAUUCAGAGUGGUGCAACCGUUGAGGCUCAAACAAUCAGAUGGCUGCACAUUGCCAGAGACCUCUGGGAGAUUGGUGUUGCUCAGAAGGACAAGAAUCAUGAUGUCGAUGGCCAGAUUGCUCAAUCAACGCUCAACAUGCUAUAUUCUGUUUCCGUAGCCCCUCCAUACCGCCGGAAGGAAAUGUCACCAGAGCGUUCCGCAAUCAUGGCCAACGAAUUGCAUGCAGACCAGAAUGUUCAGGACAAUCAGAAUGAAGCAGAAGAACAUCUAGACUCUGGUUAUGAUGAACACACUUCGAAGGUAUCCCGCCAGGGUGUCAGACUUCACGCAUCUGGCAAGUCACCACAGAUGCCUGCGGCCCAAGCUAAGAAAUCGAUCAAGAAGCGAGCUGUAACUCUGGUCUCUCAAAAGGAAGUCCGAAACUGGCACAGCAUAUGGUCUCUUGUGAUGCGACCCCACAAUAGCACUAAAUGGGCGGCCGGCUUGACUGGCGUGGUAACUCGCACCUUCUCCCACGACAGUGUAAACAAUCUCGUCCAAUUUCUUGAAGAUCUCUACCGCACCAAAGAUAUCAUUGCCAUCAAUGAUGGAAGCAGAGAAGUAGAGGAUCUGAGAAAGGAGAACGACCAGGCUCAAGAGGUUGCAUUGAAAUACAAAGCCCUGUGGAGUAUAUCAGAGUCCGCAGCUUUGUCACAACACAACGAGCUCUUUGCCUACCAUAAGCUCGGCAUGGCUCUCUGCAAAUUAGAAGCAGAGCUCGAUCAAAUCGAUCAUGUACCCACCGACCAACUCAGCGAUUUCGCUCGCAAAUAUCUUGGAAGGCGUGGCCAGAGUACCCGCCUUCGCGAUACAGAAAACUCACGAGCAAGGUUUGUUCCUCAACAUUUGCUGGAGGUUCUGGGCUACGGAAAAGAAAGCGGACACUCCGACGCGGAGGUGAAGGAGAAGAAACGAAUGCUCAAGUCGCAGAGAAUGACGGCCAAUAACGUAAAGGCGUUCGUUGAUUGCUUUGACGAGGGCUGUUUGCUGCUGAUGUCGAAGUCUCCUUGGCUAUCCGCACUUCCUCAGGUCUCAGACACGACUGUGAAGCCCUUGCUUGAGAAGCUUGCGGCAGAAGAACCCGAGCUGCGCGAGAUAGCACAAAUGGCGGGAGCGUCUGUCAAGUAUGUCAAAGACAGAAAUCACAUUGCUAACAUGCCCAAGAUCGUCAUACGUGCGCAAGAAAUGAAGGUCGAACAGAGGGGACGAUUCUCGAUGUUGGAGUUACUGAGCCCACCUAAACCUCAGGAGCAAGCUGAGUUGACGCCCGAUGAAUCCAGCGAUGAUGAGCGCGAAAUGCAUUGCAACCCGCAAUAG